AUAAAUUUGAACUCAUCCGGACAGCGCAUCUUCUGGAACGCGUAAUGGGGAUUUAUUUGAAAAUCAGAGAAAACGAAACCAGCAGUUGAGUUGCCUUUUUUCAUGACUCGUCUUCCCCUAUAAUCCUCAUCUCUUUCGCAAUAGAGCGGAUAAAGGCUGAGAAGAAACUAAAGCAAUUCUCUAUCUGAAUACCAUCAUCUUCUUCGUUUUCAAAGUUUUCUCAGACCCACUUUCAGAAUUCAAUUUGAUUUCAUGGCGGGCGCGAUCAAGACCUCCGGCCUUGUUGUUUUGCUGGGAAAUGGCAACUGGAACUCGGCGAUUCAUCAGCAUAACCAACACGGGGUUUGCACUUUUCCCAAUAGAUCCAACAAUUUCGCUCCACAUGUAAAGCUUCGGCAUACGAAUCCCCGCUUACCAAGCUCUGAAUUCUAUGGCCGUGGAGUUGCCGUCACCACAAGCGGCGGAAUCCGCCAAUUGUCAUCUUCAAAUGGGCAGAUGAAUAUCGGACUUAAGAAAGCUCAGAAAUGGUGGGAGAAGGGUCUUCAACCCAACAUGAAGGAGGUGACAAGUGUCCAGGACCUUGUAGAAUCUCUAUUAAAUGCCGGUGAUAAGUUAGUGGUGGUAGAUUUCUUCUCCCCUGGCUGCGGUGGCUGCAAAGCCCUUCAUCCUAAGAUAUGCCAACUGGCAGAGAUGAAUCCAGAUGUACAGUUUCUGCAGGUCAACUAUGAGGAGCACAAAUCCAUGUGCCAUAGCCUUAAUGUUCAUGUUCUUCCACUUUUCCGUUUUUACAGAGGAGAUAAAGGCCGUGUUUGUAGCUUCAGCUGCACUAAUGCCACUAUCAAGAAAUUCAAAGAUGCGCUAGCGAAAUACGGUUCAGAGCAUUGCAGCGAGGGACCUGCAAAAGGCCUGGAAGAGAAAGAGCUACUUGCACUAUCAAGCAACAGAGAUCUCUCAUUUGAAUUCACACCUAAACAAGAACCCCUCCCUCUUCCUUCACUAGAAGAGAUUGUUACUAUGGGGACAUCAUCUUCAUAUCCCAGAUCCCACUUCCUGUUUCCUCUCCCCGUCUCAAGCCCGCUCUCUCCAUCUCAAAAGGUCAAUCAAGUUACUCCGACAACAUAAUCGGGGAGAAGACGCAUUUUAAACAAUAGAGAGUGAUAAUCGGUCCUCCUAUACAGCGGUGGUGUUCUCUCCAUGUGUGUAAAAUAUAGGUAUGUGGUUGUAGUGUACUUUGACUGGGGGUGCGUUAUUAUUUUUGUGCAUCCUCCAGGCUUAGUGUGUGUAUAUGGUUGUGGUUGGGAUGUUUGGACGUGUUUGGUCACACCCAAUACAGGGCAAGAAUGAUUUCUUGCCUGCCUUCCUAAUUGGCUUUCUCCUUUUUAAGCAGAGAUUAGCCAUAUGUAAGAUAUUGGUAGGAAACCAUGUAGUUGCUUUCUUUCUGAAGAGUAUCUUAAUACUCCGUAGGAUUUAUGUAUACUUAGCGUGCACGGAAUGUACUGGUAGUGCGUAUGCGUGUGGAGAUGAGUUUGAUGAAAUUAGAAUGAAUGGAGGGUUAGUAGUAUGAUUGGGAAUGUUGGCUUACUGUUAUUGUUGAUUGUUCUUUCAAGUUUGACGAUGACAGUUUGUUAUACGUUUAAUUAGACGUUUAGUACAGUAAUAUGGCCUGUAAUAAAGAGCUUAUUUGUAGAUGUGCAAUUGGUUUUACUACCUCCGUCCCGCUAUGAUUUUCC